UCAUAAAUCAACUCAAUAACAAGACAAGGUUCAAAGUUACACAAAUAAAGUGGAAUUUGGGGUCUAAACAGAGUACAAAGUUCUGUUUUGUUUCUUCAGUUUGCCAGCGUUUGGAGCAACAUUUUUAUCGAAUUUCUAGCAAAAAAAAGUUUCAAGCUAACCAUGUUGAAAGUAGGACAAACAAUUUUAAGCCAAAGUCGUCUUCAAAUAUGUGCUCAAAGGCUACUGGUAACUUCUUCAGCCCAUCUGAAAGCUGCUCAGGCCCAGGCUGUGGAGAAGGCAGAGCGACCAGCUAAAGAAGUGAAGGAAGACUUGUCUUUUGUUAUGAAUAUAUUUAGAGGACAGAUUGAAACAAAACAGCUAUUUCCUUAUCCAAAUGUAUUGAAUACCGAACAAAGGGAAACUCUUGAAAUGCUGGUUGAUCCAGUUAAUAAAUUCUUUGAAGAAGUUAACAAUCCUGCAAAGAAUGACCAAGAUGAGAAAAUUGAAGAAACAGCGCUCAAGGGUUUGUGGGAACUAGGAGCUUUUGCAUUGCAAGUACCUCAAGAUUUAGGUGGAUUGGGACUAACCAAUACACAAUAUGCAAGACUGGUAGAAAUAGUUGGAGCCCACGAUCUGGGAGUAGGUAUCACCUUAGGUGCUCAUCAGUCCAUUGGUUUCAAAGGAAUUUUACUGUUUGGUAACCCAGAACAGAAGAAAAAAUAUUUGCCUAGGGUCAGUUCUGGUGAAUAUGCUGCUUUCUGCUUGACUGAACCCUCUUCAGGAUCAGACGCUGGUUCCAUUAAAACAAGAGCAGUUCUUUCUCCAGAUGGUAAACAUUACAUUCUAAAUGGUUCUAAAAUUUGGAUCAGUAAUGGAGGAUUGGCCGAAAUCAUGACUGUAUUUGCACAGACCCCUGUGAAUGACCCAAAAACUGGGAAAAUUGUAGAUAAAGUGACUGCAUUCAUUGUCGAAAGGUCGUUUGGAGGCGUUACAAAUGGCCCUCCUGAGAAAAAAAUGGGAAUUAAAUGUUCAAAUACUGCUGAGGUUUAUUACGAAGACGUAAAGGUGCCAAUUGAAAAUGUCCUAGGGGGUGUUGGUAAUGGUUUCAAAGUUGCUAUGAAUAUUUUAAAUAAUGGUAGGUUUGGAAUGGCGGCAGCUUUAUCUGGAACAAUGAAAGCUUGUACCAAGAAAGCAGUUGAGUUUGCAACAACAAGAAAACAAUUUGGACAAAGAAUAGAUUCGUUUGGUGCUAUCCAAGAGAAAAUAGCAAGAAUGCAGAUGUUGCAAUAUGUUACCGAAUCCAUGGCAUACAUGAUUUCCGGAAAUAUGGACACCGGUUCACAGCAUUACCAUCUUGAAGCUGCCAUAUCCAAAUGUUUCGCUUCUGAAGCAGCCUGGAACGUAUGCGAUGAGGCCAUUCAAGUAUUGGGUGGAAUGGGCUUCAUGAAAGACACAGGACUUGAGAGAGUUAUGAGAGACUUGAGAAUCUUCAGAAUUUUCGAGGGAACCAACGAUAUUCUAAGGUUAUUCGUUGCUUUGACUGGUAUCCAGUACGCAGGUGCUCAUCUGAAGGAACUUCAAGCUGCCUUCAAAAACCCAACAGCAAAUCUUGGACUAAUAUUCGGAGAGGCAUCCAAGAGGGUUGUUAGGAAAGUAGGUCUUGCGUCUGUGCCAAAAAUGGACCAUCUCGUGCAUAGAGAACUGGCAAAGUCUGCUAAUUUGAUAGCCAAAGAUAUUGAUGAUUUCGGGCAGGCAGUUGAAAUGGUACUCAUAAAAUAUGGUAAAGGAAUAGUGCAAGAGCAAUUUAUCUUGAAUAGGUUAGCCAACGCAACCUUUGAUAUCUAUAGUAGUGCUGUGGUAUUAUCUAGAGCAAGCACAGCAUUACAAAACAAUUCACCAACUGCCCAGCAUGAAAAGAUAAUUGCCGAAGCAUGGACUUUGGAGGCUUCAGAAAGAGUGGCUAAUUACCUUAAAGCGAUCUCUUCUGGCAAAAACUUGGAUAAUUUCAGUAAAAUGGAAACUAUCUCAAAGAAAGUAUGUGAAAAUGGCGGGAUUGUACAGAGCAACCCUUUGAACAUUUAAGAUAGGUUAUUUAUUAUCAUUGUUAAAUAAACAAGAAUAUUUUCAAGAUGUGUACAGCAAAAAAAUCAUUAUUUUUAAUAAAUAUAUAAUUUUUAC